ACGUGCACCAUAUCGCUUCAUGACUGUUUCGUCAGCCGUUAUUAUAAAAGAGAUUGACAAUGAAUGGUUGUUUUCAUUGUCAAUCUUUUAUUCGUUUUCCUAUUCGUCUAAGGAUCGAUUGAUCAUUUCCAUGAUUAUCAAGAUGCUAUUGGGCGCUACAAAUAUAAAUUAUUGUAAUAAUUAAUUUAUGCCAUCAGAGUGUCAACUUUCCGGAGCUGGGCGUUACAGCGCUCACUUAGAGGCAGAGCGCUCACUUAGAGACAGAGCGCUCACUUAGAGGCAGAGCGCGCGACAACACGCAUGAUUGCCCAGUUCUUGUUGAAUGUAAAUGAGCGUUCUUAUCAAAUAUUUCACCUCGACACUCGACUCUGUCCUCGACUGCGCCGAUACCACUAUCAUCAGACUGUUCAUGUUAUUAAAUAGUACUUGAUCUUUAGCUCAUCAUGUUCCAGAUCUUCGGAAAGUAUCUAGCUGGAAGGUCUCAUUUGAAUGGUUUACGCGAACGCAGAUUUUCUACCGGCUUUUCACUCAGUCAGCGGAUAAACAAGGUGCUGAUAGCCAACAGAGGAGAAAUAGCCUGUAGAAUCCAAAAAACAGCCAGAAAAUUGGGAAUCAAGACCGUAGCAAUCUAUAGCGAUGCAGACACGAAUUCGAUGCACGCAAAUUUGGCCGACGAAGCAUAUCUCAUUGGCCCCCCAACCGCCGCCCAGAGUUACUUGAGACAAGAUAAGAUAAUAAAUGUUGCCAAGAAGACUAAAUGCCAGGCAAUUCAUCCUGGAUAUGGAUUUCUCUCUGAGAAUAUGGAAUUCGCAGAGUUAUGCAAGAGAGAGAACAUCAUCUUCAUUGGACCUCCGGCUACUGCCAUCAGAGACAUGGGGAUCAAAAGCACAUCCAAAGAUAUCAUGAAUCGAGCGGGCGUUCCAAUUAUUAUAGGAUAUCAUUCCAAUGAUCAAUCAAACGAAACACUCUUGUCCGAAGCCACAAAGAUCGGUUUUCCUGUCAUGAUAAAAGCGGUACGUGGAGGUGGUGGUAUGGGUAUGAGAAUAGCUAAGGACGACAGAAGUUUCAUAGAAGCAUUAGAGUCAGCGCGAACAGAAUCUCAGAAGGCGUUCGGAAACUCCGACGUUUUGUUGGAAAAAUACGUGCUAAACCCGCGGCACAUUGAGGUCCAAAUCUUCGCCGAUCAACAUGGAAAUGCAGUCUACUUGUUCGAGAGGGACUGCUCGGUCCAGAGGAGACACCAGAAGGUCAUCGAAGAAGCACCUGCGCCAGGAUUAUCUGACAAAAUGAGACGAGAAAUCGGUAAGGCAGCAGUAAGAGCUGCCAAAGCUGUGGGAUACGUUGGUGCUGGUACUGUGGAGUUCAUUUAUGACAGGAAUGAUCAUAGAUUUUACUUCAUGGAGAUGAACACUCGUCUACAGGUGGAGCAUCCAGUGACUGAGGCCAUCACUGGACUUGAUUUGGUCGAGUGGCAGCUGAACAUCGCAGCUGGCGAAAGACUUCCACUCACCCAGGAGCAGAUCAGCAUUAAUGGACAUGCCUUUGAGGCCAGAAUUUACGCCGAGGAUCCUAGGGGUGGAUUCUUACCCCGAGCGGGUCCUCUGAUAUACCUAAGCCCCCCAAAACCGUCAAGAACCAUCAGAGUGGAAACCGGAGUAAGAGAAGGAGACGAAGUUUCUGUUCAUUACGAUCCGAUGAUCGCUAAAUUAGUUGUAUGGGGUAUCAAUAGAGCUGAAGCCCUGGACAUUUUGCGCGCGAAACUAGCGGAAUACAAUAUAGCUGGGGUUGAAACCAAUAUUGAAUUCGUGAAGGAUGUGUGUCGUCACCCAAAGUUUCAAGCUGGUGAAGUCCAUACCGGCUUCAUCGAGGAAAAUUUGGACUCCUUAUUUCUAAAAAUCCAGCCUCCAAGUGCUGUUCUCGCCCAAGGAGUCCUCGGCUUAAUUUUCUGUGAAGAUCUAACAACUUUGAAAGCUGCUCUCGACACCAGAGACCCUUUCAACCCCUUCAAAACAGAAAUCGGUAUGAGGGUGAACCACUCUCUCAAAAAACGAUUCAAAUUGAUUUUUAUGAAGAACGAAUUCGUGGUGGAUGUAAAGUAUGAACAUCCUGAUGUCUAUCUCAUGAGGAUCAAUGACUUGGGACCCUGGAGGAAGGUGGAGGGUCAACUCACCCAAGUGGAUAAUGACCUAGUUCUUAAGAGUAUCGUCGAGGGGAUCAUGACAAAAUCUUGUAUUUGCAGAUUUGAUGAUGAACUUCAUGUCUUCACUAAUGAUCGAGCAUGGAAAUUCAACGUACCACAGCCAGAUUACAUCAAGAAAUUGUCAAGUAUAAGUGAUGAUUCAACAGGUGUAGCUGUUUCUCCAAUGCCAGGUGUUGUCGACAAAAUUCUAGUAUCAAAGUCAGAUGUUGUGAGUAAAGGAGACCCCCUAGUUGUGAUUAUAGCCAUGAAAAUGGAGCAUUUAAUUAGGGCACCAUCCGCCGGAACAGUCGAAGAAGUUUUGUGCUCAGUUGGUAGCACUGUGGGAAAGGAUCGUCUGUUAGUGAAAAUGUCGGCAGCUCCAGAAGAAUAUAACAACAAAUAAUCAUGACGUUCAAGCACCAUAAAUUUGAAAUGAAUCAGUCAUUCCUGUAAUUUUUACUUGUGAAUAAAAGCCUGCCAAUCGGUUGAUUUUUCAAGUCGAAAAUUCUACCGGAAACGAAAAAAUAUUAAA